AUGGCCCAAGUGAGCAAAAUCUGCGGUGGCGGCGUCCAGACCCCUCAAUUUCUUCAUGAAAUCCCCAAAUCUCAAAAGCCCAACUCGGUGAAUUUGUUCUCUGUGAGAUCGCCGUUCGUGGGAGCUUCGAGUUUUCGGGGUUUGAAUUUGAAAUCUGUCGAUAAAAUGAGGGGAAACUCUGCCGGUGGUGGAGUCAGCGCUGUCGUUCCUCUUAGGGUAUCGGCUUCCGCCGCCACCACGGAGAAGCCGUCGACGGUACCGGAGAUUGUGUUGCAACCCAUUAAUGAGAUCUCCGGCACCAUCAACUUGCCCGGGUCCAAAUCCCUAUCUAAUCGGAUUCUGCUUCUCGCUGCCCUCUCCGAGGGAACAACAGUGGUAGACAAUUUGUUGAGUAGUGAUGAUAUCCACUAUAUGCUUGGUGCAUUGAAAACACUUGGGCUACGUGUUGAAGAGGAUGGUGCAAACAAACGAGCCAUUGUUGGAGGCUCUGGUGGUCUCUUUCCAGUGGCCAAAGAAUCAACGGAUGAAGAAGUUCAACUUUUCCUUGGGAAUGCUGGAACUGCAAUGCGUCCAUUGGCCGCUGCAGUUACCGCUGCGGGUGGAAACUUAAGAUAUGUUCUCGAUGGAGUACCUCGAAUGAGAGAGAGACCAAUUGGCGACUUGGUUGAUGGUCUCAAGCAGCUUGGUGCAGAUGUAGAUUGUUUCCUGGGCACUAACUGCCCUCCAGUUCGUGUAGUUGGAAAAGGGGGCCUUCCAGGGGGAAAAGUAAAACUCUCUGGUUCCAUUAGCAGUCAAUACUUAACUGCCCUGCUGAUGGCAGCCCCUCUGGCUUUAGGAGACGUUGAAGUCGCGAUAAUUGAUAAACUGAUUUCCGUUCCUUAUGUCGAGAUGACUUUGAAACUGAUGGAACGUUUUGGGGUCUCUGUGGAACACAACGAUAGCUGGGAUCGGUUCUUGGUGCGAGGAGGUCAAAAGUACAAGUCUCCUGGAAAAGCUUUUGUCGAAGGCGAUGCUUCAAGUGCAAGUUACUUCCUUGCCGGUGCAGCUGUCACUGGUGGAACUGUUACUGUUGAAGGUUGUGGCACCAGCAGUUUACAGGGUGAUGUAAAGUUUGCUGAAGUACUUGAGAAGAUGGGAGCUAAAGUGACCUGGACAGAGAACAGUGUCACUGUAACUGGACCGCCACGAGACUCUCCGAGGAGCAAACAUCUGAAAGCCAUUGAUGUCAACAUGAACAAAAUGCCAGAUGUCGCCAUGACGCUUGCCGUUGUUGCAUUGUAUGCUGAUGGUCCAACUGCCAUUAGAGAUGUUGCAAGUUGGAGAGUAAAGGAGACGGAACGGAUGAUCGCCAUUUGCACAGAGCUCAGAAAGCUUGGAGCAACAGUUGAAGAAGGUCCAGAUUACUGCAUAAUCACUCCACCGGAGAAACUAAAUGUGACAGCCAUAGACACAUAUGACGAUCACAGAAUGGCCAUGGCAUUCUCCCUCGCAGCCUGUGCAGAUGUUCCAGUCACAAUUAAGGAUCCCGGUUGCACCCGGAAAACGUUCCCCGACUACUUCGAAGUGCUCCAGAAGUUCGUCAAGCACUGAACCAAUCGAGAAAUCGAGAGGUAACAGCUGUUUUAUUACUACUGCCAAAGCAGCAAGGAGGUUAUUUAGUACUACUUGGUAUAUCCUGAGAGCUUUUAGCUGAUUUUGGAACUUUGAGACAGUGGAUCCAAUUUGUACUUACUCUCCACUUUUGUUGUCAACUACCCUCCAACAUUUGCCAUCUUUAUUAUUGUAUUCAUAUGUUUUUUCCCUACCUCUUGAAAAAAUAAACAUAAAUUAUGAAUGUUAGAGUUCUCUAUCUUUAAAUCA